GAAGCACAAUGAUCGUGACAACUCGCCAUACAGAUGUUGCACAAACAAUAAGAUGCUCUCAUACUUAUCCAUUGAAGCUUUUUUCCGACGAAGCUUGUAAGUCCUUGUUUGAGAAGCACGCAUUUGGGACUGGGGCAGCUGCUGUUCCUAAUCAAAUUUCGGAUUCAAUUUACAAGAGAAUUGUUGAAAGGUGUGGUGGUCUACCACUGGCAGCAAAGACCCUCGGUAGUCUUCUAUUCUUUAAGCCGAGCGAUACAUGGGAAAAUAUAUUGGAAAGCAAAAUAUGGAGUACAUCUAAUAAAAGUGAUCACGUUCUCCCAGCAUUAAAGCUAAGCUAUUAUUAUCUUCCUUCCAAUCUAAAAAGAUGUUUUGGCUAUUGUUCAAUUUUUCCUCAGGAUUAUGAAUUUGAGGAGAAGGAACUUGCACUUUUAUGGAUUGCGGAGGGUAUCGUUCAACCAUCUCAGGAGCAACUGGAUGAGGCAAGUGAGUGUUUUAAAAAAUUAUGUUCAAGGUCGCUUUUCCAACAAUUGAGUAGUGAUAGUUCUAAAUAUGUUAUGCAUGAUCUUGUUCUUGAUCUUGCUCGAUGGGUUUUUGAAGGAAUCAGUUUUAGAUUUGAGCAAAAUAUUGUUGAACUACCGGAAAAGGUUCGUUAUUUUACUUAUGAACCUGAUUAUUGUACUGGAAAAAAUAAAUUUAAAGCCUUGGAAAAAGUAAAAUGUUUAAGAACAUUUUUGCCUGUGAGGCCUAGAUCAAUUUGUUUUAUGAGUGCUACUAUUAUUUUUGAUUUAUUGCCAAAGUUUGAAAUGAUGAGAGCACUAUCUUUUGAAGGAUAUCACAUUAUUUAUUUACCUGAUUCAAUUGGAGAUAUGAUACAUCUAAGGUAUCUCAACUUCUCUGAUACUAAGAUAAGAAGUUUGCCUGAGUCAACAUGUCAGUUAUUUAACUUGCAAACUUUGCUAUUGAAAGAUUGUUUUGAUCUUGUGGAGUUACCUUACAACAUGAGAUAUUUGACCAAUCUAUGUCAUCUUGAUAUAAGUGGUGGAAAUUCAUUGAGAGAAAUGCCAUAUGGAAUGAAAAAGUUGAAAAAUCUUCAAGUGUUAUUUAAUUUUAUUGUGGGAAAGGAUACACAAUCUUAUUUGGAAGAUUUGAGGAGUUUAAGUUUUCUUCAAGAGCUUCACAUUUCAGAAUUACAGAAUGUGACAGAUCUAAAUCACAUACAAGAGCAAAUACUAAGCAAUAAGAGCAAACUAAAAGUGUUGAUACUAGAAUGGAGAGAUCGAGUAAACUCACAGGCAACAGAUGUAAAAAUGAAUCUACUUGACAAGCUAAAACCUCCUAUCAAUUUAAGAGAACUCACAAUCAGAGGCUAUGGUGGUGAAAGUUUUCCAUCUUGGUUAGCAGAUUUGUCGUGGCUCUCUAAUUUGCAUGUGUUUACUAUUGAAAAAUGUCCCCAACUUAUUGGAGAAGUUCCUAAUUAUUUUUCUUCAUUAGAAAGAUUUGUUAUUAAGGAUUGUCCAAAAUUGGUGGUCUCAUUAUCAAAUUAUCCUAUAGGUUGCAAAUUAGAAAUUAAUAAUUGUGAAGGAAUGGUAUGUAAUGAUGGUUCAAUUGAUUUUGAGAAUUUGGAUUCUGAAAAUCUUGCAAAUAUUUCGACAGUUGAAGAUAAAUUAAAGAAGGGUUCUCAAAGAGUAUAUCAUUUGAGGAUUGCUCAUAAUGAAGAGAUUAUGAAAUCAUGGCAAAGUUUGAAAAACACCAAUUUUCUUUCCAAUAUAAAUUCUCUUGAGAUUAGUGAGUGUCAGAAUCUAAGAUCUAUUGGAAAGGGCAUGCUACCAUCAUCUUUGGAAGAAUUUCAUAUUAAUUCCUGUCAGAGUCUAACAUUCAUUGAUAGCGAUGUCUUACCUUUAUCUCUAAAAAGGCUUAGGAUUAGAGAAUGUGGAGAACUGAAAUUUUUAAAGGAUUUAAGUGUUUGUUCUCUUAUUGAGUCCAUAGAUGUUUUUCAGUGUAAAUCUCUCAAGUGCAUAUCAUUAGAUGGUCCGUUGCCUGAGACACUCAACGAACUAGAUGUUUCUGAUUGUGGUGCACUGGAAACAUUAUCAUCUCGUAGAAAUGAGUACCCCCCUAAGGCACUUACAGCCAUCUCUAUCUGGAGUUGUGAAGAGCUAAAGUCAAUUGGUGAGUCCUUUGAUAACAGCACGUGUCUUAAAAAUAUUACUUUAAAGAAUUGUACAAAUCUUGAAUCCUUACCUUCAGGUCUACACCAUCUUCCUUGCCUUGAGUCUAUUAAAAUAGAUGGAUGUCCAAAAUUGUCGGUGAGCAAAGGUGUUCCCACCAGCCUUGGACAACUGUUAAUUAAUGAAUGUGAAGGUGACAAGGGAAUGGGAAUGAGAAUGCUCACCUCUCCAAAGGAGUUAGAAAUAUCAUCCCUCCCACAGCUUAAAUCCAUCUCAGACCUGACCAACCUCACCGCUCUUGAAGGGUUGGGUAUCAAUUCACUCCCACUGCUUGAAUCCAUCUCAGACCUGAACAACCUCACCUCUCUAAAAUGGUUGCGAAUCCAAAAUCUCCCACAGCUUGAACUAAUUUCAAAUCUCAGCGGCCUCACCUCUCUUACAGAGUUGUACAUUGAGAAAUGCCAAAAGCUCAAAUCAAUUCCAAGUCUCAGCGGCCUCACCUCUCUUGAAGAGUUGCUGAUCCAUGAUCUCCCACAGCUUGAAUCAAUUCCAAGUCUCAGCGGCCUCACCUUUCUUGAAAGUUUGGAAAUCCGUGAUCUCCCACAGCUUCAAUCAAUUGCAAGUCUCAGCGGCCUCACCUCUCUUGAAAGUUUGGAAAUCCGUGAUCUCCCACAGCUUUAAUCAAUUCCAAGUCUCAGCGGCCUCACCUCUCUUGAAAGUUUGGAAAUCCGUGAUCUCCCACAGCUUGAAUCAAUUCCAAGUCUCAGCGGCCUCACCUCUCUUGAAAAGUUGCUGAUCGAUGAUUUUCCACAACUUGAAUCAAUUCCAAGUCUCAGCGACCUCAUCUCUCUUAAAAGUUUGCAAAUCUUUGCUUUCCCAUGGCUUGAAUCAAUUCCAAGUCUCAGCGGCCUCACCUCUCUUGAAAGUUUGGAAAUCGCUAAUCUCCCACAGCUUGAAUCAAUCCAAGAUCUGAGCAACCUCACCUCUCUUACAGAUUUCAUAAUUUCCAAUUGCCCAAGGAUCAAAUUAAUUCCAAGUCUGAGCAGCCACACCUCUCAUGAACAAUUGAGGAUUGAGAAUUGCCCAAACCUCAGAUCCAUUCCCGAUCUUGGCAACUUCAAAGAUUUAUCAGUUGAGAAAUGCCCAAAACUCAAAUCCCUGCAAACCCUGCCAUCCUCACUUCAGUCUGUACGUAUUACAAAUUGUCCACUGCUUAAAAAACGAUGGAAAAAUGUUAGGGGAAAAUAUUCCUCAAAGAUUGCUCAAAUUCCUGAAGUUGUAAUAGAUGGCAAAUUCAUCUACAAUUCAAAGGAGUACCAAGUUGAUUAUUGGAGCUUCCUUCGAAGGCACAUCUAAUUUUCCUAAUGGCACAGGUGAUGGUCAACAAGAAUCUCUCAAUUAUAGUUUGUCCGGGUAAUUCAUUUAACUUUAAUCAACCUAACAUAAUACCUUGUAUCUCUAAUUCUAAUCCAACAUUUAUAAUUUCAAAAAUUUAUUGGUAACUCAAGAAACUUUCAGCUUAGGAAAAUUCCAGUUUUUGGAAUUUUAAAUAAAGUAAAUUCUUCAUGUUCUUGUUUCCUGAGAAUAUCUUUCAACAACAGAUUUUUAUAGCUUAUUUAAGGAAUCAUUGUUUACUUACUCGAUGUAAACAACACAAUGCAGGACUGCUAUGCUUAGAUUCAAUGUUGUCGAAAUCAUCAAAAAGGCUUAAAAUUUUCAUUUUCUAACUUCAUGUAAGCAUAUUAAACAUUGUGUUUAUAUAUCUAACAUUGUAAAGUUACACAUUUCCUACCUUACUCUUGGAUUUAUAUAUGAAGUCCGCAAAUUGAUGAGAGCAAAACCAAGUAAUGGACUUCUAUAUAUCUUGCUGAGGCGGAACAACCAGUAAAUUUUCACCUUAUGCAAGUAUGUGAUAAAUUCUUUCUGAAUUUUUGUUUCCUCUUAUGCAGACACUUAUUCUUUCAAUUUCUGAGAGGGGUCAUUGAAAGAUGAUAUUAUUGCUAAAUUUGUAUGAGUUAAGAGAUUUGAUGCAAAUUUGAUAAUUUUGGCUUUCAUUUCUAUGUUUCUACAAUUCAAGGCAACAAUUCAGGGCAAAAAUGUAUAGAGAUAUUUGACUACAAAAAAAUUCUGAGCUAGCAACAAUAUUUUCUGAUUGAUGUUUACUGAGCAAGAAGCAAGAAAAAAAUAUUUCUCUAGUUUCAGAAGUAGAGGAUGGCAUUUUCACCUUAUAAAUUGAAAGUGGUUCCUCUGUUUCAAAACUUCUCUACUUUGUCAUCUCAUAGAUUGUCUCAACGUUUGUGGUUCCAAGGUGCCACUGUCUCCAACUUAGACAAGCAACUGUUAGAACCUAAUCCUGGCAUGUCUAAGUUUUCCGGAUCUAAACUUACUGGCGUGUCUGCUUGCUGAAAUUCCAAUACUGAGAUUGUAUCUUCUAGCUGUUGCAACGGUUAAUCAAGCAGCAUUUUUCCUGCUUUUGUGUAUGGUAUUUUUAUUGUUAUCUCAUUGUUUUUGUUUACGGCAAAGACAUAUUGUGAAAUGCAUCAUUAUCAAUCUAUGGUUUA